AUGACUUCCGUCUUCCGAAAUGGUCGCAUUCUUGUACCCUCAUCGCCCUCGGCGAGGGGUGGUAACGAGUUCGCCGAAUGCAUGAUCAUCAAGGAUGAUCGUAUUGCAUACGUUGGCUCCCUCGACAAUGCACAGAUUCCCGCCGAUGCGAAUCUCAUUGAUUUGGAGAAUCAGGUAGUAAUUCCUGGCUUUAUCGAUGCGCAUGUACACAUUCUGUCUUAUGGCCAGUCGCUGCAAAAGAUUGAUCUGAUUGAAUGCACGUCUCUCGAGCAAAUUCGUGCAAAGAUCAAAGCCUACGCCGACGCUAAUCCAUCGGUGCCGCAAAUCUUUUGUCGAGGAUGGAUCCAGUCAUCCACGCAAGGAAUUGCCCUUGCGAGCAUGCUCGACGAUCUUGAUCCGCGCCCAAUUUUCAUCGAUUCCUUCGAUCUGCACUCCAUGUGGUGCAACUCGGCGGCCCUCGACGGAAUGAAGGCCCAUACUGCCCCAGAUCUUCCUGGUGGCUGCAUUCACCGUGAUCAGAAUGGGCGAGCUUCUGGUCUCUUGGAUGAAUCGGCCUUGUCGAACCUGGCAUGGCCCUAUGUGGAGAGCCUCUAUUCCAAGGAAGAUAAACUGGUUGCGUUGGACGCAGCGGUCCACGCUUACACCGCCGCUGGCUACACCGGCAUUGUGGAUAUGGCUAUGGAUGAAGGCACUUGGGAGCUUCUGAACGAGUAUCGCCGUGAGAAGCAUAUCCCAUUCCACAUUGCAGCCCACUGGCUCGUGCCUUAUGUCAACGAUCAAGAGACCCAUUUCCGCACCGUUGAUCGCGCGAUUACCCUGCGCGAACAGUUCAAGGACAACGAUUUCUGCAUUGUUGGCAUCAAACUCAUUUGCGACGGCGUUGUCGAUGGAUGUACGGCCGCUCUCCUGCAACCAUACACCGGAAAGGCCGAUCGAGUUGAACCAAUCUGGCCUGAAGAUCAGCUUCGCGAAGUAGUCCAGCGUGCAGAUUCGGCUGGGAUCCAGUGCGCCAUCCAUGCUAUUGGCGACCGCGCAAUCCAUCAAGCCAUCGAUGUUUUGUCCCAAGUUGGAACACCCGGCCGGAGACACCGAAUCGAGCAUCUCGAACUAACCACGUCCGAGGACGCGAAGCGCUUGGGUCAACUGGGGAUUACAGCCUCCGUUCAGCCGGUUCAUUCCGAUCCAGCUUUGUUCAAAGCAUGGCCUAGCCUUGUCGGACCAGAUCGAUGCAAGCGCGCAUUCGCCUACAAAGAGUUCCUAGAUGGGGGCGCACCUCUCGCGGUUGGAACUGAUGCCCCCACGGCGCGUCAUUUGCCCUUCCCUAACCUCUACAACGCGACAACCAGGCGAUCAGCACUCGAGCCUGAGACCAUCAACACCGUCAACGCGCAUUUCGGCAUCAGCUUGGCUGACGCGGCCACCGCUGCGACGGCAGGAGCAGCUUAUGCACGCUUUGCCGAGUCAUGGACCGGGAGUUUGCAACCGGGACUCCAGGCCGAUUUUCUGGUGGUUGGCAUGCAGUGGGCACCAGAAACGCUUCUUGAAGCAAAGGUGUGCCAAACUUGGUAUCGGGGGAAGAAAAUAUUCGACGCCAGUCAAGUUUAG